AUGGCAGAUCUUGGCUCUGAGCGGGAGGUUUUACUGCUCGGAGACGAUGAUGCUGGAGGAUUUAAUGUGGUUGUGGACGAAGGUGGAGUUGUCGCCGGACAAGUGGUGCAUGUAAUUGAGGCCAUCAGCGAGGUUGGCGGCGACCUGCGUGCGGGAGAGCCACGUGGACAAAACGGUGAAGUCGGGGUUGUUAGGGUUGCGGAGGCAGUCGGCAAGGUUGGCGCCGGGGACGUAUUCGUAGACGAGGUAGACGUAGUAACCGGAGAGGGAGGCACCGAGGAGCUUGAUGAGGCUGGUGUGGUGGGAUUUGGAGAUCUGGGCGAGGUGGUGGUGGAGGUCGGAGUCGGAGAGGGGGAGGGGGAGGCCGUACUUGCGCUAGAAAAUGACGACGUCCUUGCCGCAAAGGGAGCGGCGGAAGGAGGAGGAGGAGGAGCCACGCACCGACCAUCAUAG